AUGAAGUUUCGGAAUCCAAGACUAUGUCAGGGCGUCAUCAACGACAUCAGAGCCCGGUUAGCGGUAUACCCAUCGGAUAUCAAAGACGCAUACAAUUACAGAGUGAUACCGUCAGUGGUGUUUAUCUUUUUCACUAAUCUUCUACCGGCUAUUGCAUUUGCUCAGGAUAUGUUCGAUAGAACUGACAAUGCAUAUGGUGUGAACGAGGUGCUCAUGAGUUCAGCUCUCGCGGGAGUGGUGUUUGGUCUUCUCUCGGGCCAGCCACUUUGUAUUGUGGGUGUUACCGGGCCUAUUGCUAUCUUCAGUUAUACUGUUUAUGAUAUCAUCAAAGAUAGAGGCACUCCUUUCUUCCCCUUCAUGUGCUGGAUCUAUCUAUGGUCCAUGUUGAUGCAUUUUAUUAUUGCUAUCCUUAACUGGGUGACUUUCAUGAAAAUUAUCUCCAAUUUCUCAUGUGAGGUCUUUGGGUUCUUUAUCUGUGUCAUUUAUUGUGAGAAAGCAAUCGCCAUAUUGGCCAACCAGUUUGAUGAGAUGGGUGCAGCUUCCGGCUUUUGUUCCGUCAUGGUCGCAUUACUUAUGGUGAUCUUUGGUAUAGGAUCCACUGUUUUCGGCUCAGAUCUCCAUUACUUUAAGCCACCAAUUAGAAAGCUUUUUGUGGACUAUGGUGUUCCAUUGGCUGUCAUUUUCUUUACGGGUUUCGUUCAUUUUGGUGGCUGGAUGGACAGUGUUGAGCUUGCUACAUUGCCAACCACUGGAGCUUUCCAACCUACCAGUAACAGCGACGCACUUGGUAGAGGACAUGGCUGGUUUAUUCACUUCUGGCCUAAUGAGAACAUCUCUGUGGGUGACAUGUUCUUGGCUAUCCCAUUUGCCCUUUUGCUUACGUUUUUGUUCUAUUUUGACCACAACGUCUCAUCUUUGAUGUGCCAGCUGAAAGAAUUUCCUUUGAAGAAACCCGCAUCUUUCCAUUGGGACUUCAUGCUCUUGGGUUUAAUAACAGGCAUUUCUGGCAUUAUCGGUAUUCCAGCUCCAAAUGGUUUGAUUCCACAAGCACCUCUUCAUACAGCGUCGCUUGUCGUCCAGGACUACAAAACGGGAGCUCCAGUUUCCGUUGUUGAACAACGUUUCACUAAUACAGCACAAGGCGCAUUUACGUUUGUAAUGAUGACCGGGCCACUUUUGGUUGUCUUGAACCUCAUUCCUCAAGCUAUCCUAGCCGGACUUUUCUUCAUUAUGGGUAUUACCGGAUUGCAUGGAAAUAUUAUCCUCAACAGAAUCAGAUUCGUCUUUCUUGACGAAGACUAUAUUCUUAAUAACCCGCUCUGUCCUGAGUAUUUCAAAGAGAUGCACGCUAUCCCCAAGGAAAAGCGUAAGUAUUUCUAUAUUUAUUUGGCCUUGCAAAUCAUCGCAAGUGCAGCAGAGAUUGCCAUUACUUUAACAAAAGGUGCCAUUGGGUUCCCAGCAGUCUUAGUGUUCUUUGCUUUGUGCGCUAAGUACGUUUGGCCCUACAUCAUUCCACAGGAAGACUUAGAUUAUCUUGACGGUGCUGUGGCAGAAGACUUUAUCAUCAAGAGUCUUGAUGUUCAUCCAAGCAGUUCCGAUGAAAAGCCCAACGACUUUUCUGAUUCGACAGCAGCGUAA